CCAGCGCCGGCGCGCAUAUGCAAAUUUGACGAAUGCAAAUAUAAAAGGGGCGGAGUGUUCCAGAGCGGUACAACGUUCCUGAGAAGGAGCUUCAGCUAGCAAGGUAGCAGCGUCUAUCCUUAGCCGUGAGAACGGAAGUUGCCGCUUCAAAGCUAGGUGUGUGUUGUGUAGCUGUCGCAGAGAUGAAAAGGAAGCGAGCAUCUCCCAAAGCCCAGUCUGGUAAUGCAGGGAGUCAGCCUGACCUGCGCUGGGAGCGUGAGAUCAGUAGCAACCAAUGGCAGCUGUUCCCACCGGAGCAGAGUGAGAUCCUGAGCCAAGCCGUUCGGGCAAAGAAACUAACAGAGAAUUUAGGAGAUGAUGAAGUGGACUUAUUGAAGAUGGUGCAGUGGAACAAGGAGAGCGGCCAGGAGAACCGUGUCCGUAUGGCUAUCUGGGACCAGAAAUCCUAUUUCAUCUGGCAAUGGGAAGCAGACGAAGAAGAUGAGUGGAUUCCAUACCCUGCUGCUACCUGUUUGGAUUUACAGGCAGCCAAGAAAGGUGACCGGGAACCCAUCGUGGACUUUACAUUUGGCGAGAGGAGCUUCAAGCUGGACACGACCCUUAUGGUGCAGACAAACCAAGAGACUCAAUUUGAUCAUCGUAUGGAAUACAAGGAAUCAGAUGCGACAACGAAUGAUUUUCAACUCAGCAGCAGUGAUUCGGAGGCCAGUACUUCGGUUGCCACUAAGAAAUACCAGACUGAGUUAGAUGUCCCUGUAGCCCGGGGCCAAGGAGACGGAAUGGAAACAACUGAAAGCGGUUCUCAGCUCAGCAGUAGUGAUGUGGAGGCGAGUACACCAGUUUCUGCUGCAAUUCAGACUGAAUUAGAUGCCCCUGCAUCCGAGGCCACUACUUCGGUUGCCGUGAAAGAAUCCCAGACUGAAUUAGAUGCCCCUGCAUCCGAGGCCAGUACUUCAGGUCACGCUCCGAAGUCUCAGACUGCAUCUCAGGGAAAAGGAGAUGGGAUGGAUACCACCGAGAGCAGCUCACAGUUGAGCAGCAGCAGUGACUCGGAGGCCAGUACUUCAGUUGUCGCUAAGAAAACCCAAACUGAAUUAGAUGCCCCUGCAUCCGAGGCCAGUACUUCGGUUGCCAUGAAAGAAUCCCAAACUGAAUUAGAUGUCCCUGCAUCCGAGGCCAGUACUUCAGAUCAAGCUCCGAAGUCUCAGACUGCAUCUCAGGGCCAAGGAGAUGGGAUGGAGGCAGCAAAAACCUUGGUGGUGAAGGGAAAAGCUCCAGUGGACCCAGAGUGCACAGCCAAAUUGGGAAAAGCUCAUGUUUAUUACGAAGGAGAUGACAUUUACGAUGUAAUGUUGAAUCAGACAAGCCUUCAACUCAACUGCAAUAAAUUCUAUCGCAUACAACUGUUGGAAGAGGACGAUGGGCAAAGUUACUGUGUCUGGAUGCGCUGGGGGCGUGUGGGUAAGACUGGUCACCACUCCCUUGUCCCUUGCUUUGGAGAUCUGGCGAAAGCCAAAGAAGUGUUCACCAAAAAGUUCCUUGACAAAACCAAAAAUGAAUGGGGCAGACGUAGCAGCUUCCAUAAAUACACAGGCAAAUACGAUCUUGUUCACCUGGAUUAUGAAGCCAAAGACGAUACCAAAUCAGGAGCUGCCGCCAAGAAGACAGUCUCCAAACCCAAGCCGGUUUCCAAGCUGGAUCAAAGGGUGCAGGCUUUGAUAGAGCUGAUAUGUAAUAUUCGGACGAUGGAGGACAUGGUGAUAGAGAUGAAGUACGAUACCAAGAGAUCUCCAUUAGGAAAGCUGACGGCCGAACAGAUCAAAGCAGGGUACCGUUCACUGCAGAAGGUGGAAGCUUGUCUGAAGCAGAAUGAGACUGGUUCUGUGCUUCUGGAAGCGUGUAAUGAAUUUUACACACGGAUCCCCCAUAAUUUUGGGGUGAAAACACCACCAUUAAUCAAUACAUUGAAGGAGCUCCAAGAGAAGGCACAGCUGCUGGAGGCUCUCGGUGAGAUCCGUAUUGGUAUGAGACACAUCCAAUCUCAACAUUCGGAUCUGGAACAUCCUUUGGACCGGAGCUACAGGAGCCUUGACUGUGAACUCCAACCUUUGGAAAAGGCCAGCAAUGUGUUCCAGGUGCUGGAGCGCUACUUGCUCUCUACCCAUGCUCCGACCCACAAGAGUUACACCAUGACUCUGAUCGACGCCUUUGCAAUUAAUAAGAGAGGUUCAGACGCCGCCUUCCGUUUUGAUCUGCCCAACAGGAUGUUGCUGUGGCACGGAUCUCGGCUGGGUAACUGGGCGGGGAUUUUGAGCCAGGGGUUACGUGUGGCACCACCAGAAGCUCCCGCCUCAGGCUACAUGUUUGGAAAAGGUAUAUACUUUGCGGACAUGUCCUCUAAAAGUGCCAAUUACUGUUUCGCUACUCGUGAGAAAGAUAUCGGCUUCCUCCUGCUCUCAGAGGUGGCUCUUGGGGAGAGUAACGAAUUACUGGAAGCCAAUCCAGAAGCAGAAAACCUUCCUGUCAGCAAACAUAGCACCAAAGGCCUUGGCAAGAUUGCUCCAUCUGGUUCUAUUAUUCUGAAUGGUGCACUUGUUCCCGUGGGCCCAGCUAAAGAAACCGGGAUAGAAAACCCUAAUGGUUAUACUUUAAAUUACAAUGAAUUUGUUGUCUAUGACCCCCGCCAGGUGCGUAUGAAGUACCUUCUUAAGGUGCGCUUCAAUUUUACGCAGCCUUGGUGAACAGCUAAAAAAAAUGGAGAAAAAGCCUGGCCUAAGAAUGACAUCUUGAAGCACAGAUGGUUUUUGGUUUGGUUUUGUUUUUUUGAGAUGGGUGUUUUCUGAGAGGCCAAAGUGCUGACACCAACUCUGUUUUGCAGUUAGAAAAUUUUUGUGUUUCAAUUUACAUUUCUGUUAUUUUUUUCUUGGAUGAUCUGCAGAUUCGUUUCAGUAAAAAAAACAUCAAUUACUUGACAUUUUUGUAAAACAA